UGCCUUUCGCGCUGAGCAGGUCUUAUAUCACUAUUGCUUUACUUGUUGAACUAAUGUGGCUUGAUUCUUGAGCAAGGUAUUCGAUCGGCGUCUUCGUCUGGCAUUUGGACUUGCUCCUACUUUCCGUGAGCUCGAUUGUUCCUCCAUAUGGUUGCCGAAAUGUCUCUCUCAGGUGGCGGCUUCAAAGACAUCGACCUCGAAGAGAUUUCCAAAUGGCCUACUCCUAACUAUAUCAAUCCUGUGCGGCGAACAUGGAUGCCAGCUUUUCUGCUAGUAUGGCAAAUAGCAGUGACGAUCAUGCUAUCGGGGAGGUUCUACCUAAGGGCAAGAAAGUUGGCUGGAACAUUUGGUCUUGACGAUGUGCUCGUCUUCCUCGGAUACUUAUUCGCCAUCGGCAUGACUGUGGCGACUUGGAUACUCACAACAGAAUAUGGCCUCGAUAGACAUGCUUGGGAUAACAAAAUCGAUUGGGCGGUCCCUGCAGCUUUGACCGGCUGGAUAGCUCAAGUCCUCUUCGUAGCAGCAACCGUCUGCACCAAACUCUCGAUCCUCCUAUUCCACCGCCGCAUGAUAAAAGAGACGCUCAACCGCCGAUGGGUCUGGACACUUCGAGCCGCUUUCAUUUUCACCUGCUGCUAUGGCGUUGGCGUUUUACUCGCCUACAUCUUAGCAUGCCGACCAACAGACGCGAUAUGGAAUGCUUUCAGCCCUACCUACAAGAAAGAAUAUACCUGCAUCGCAACUACAAAAGUUGCCGUCUGGGCCGGCGUCCUCAGCGUCAUCAGCGAUCUCAUCGCAGUCGCUGUCCCCUGCUUACUACUCAACCACUACAACCUCGCCAUCUCCUUCCGCCAAAAGAUCGUUUUGAACUUGACCUUCGCACUCGGAUUAGUCGCUACUGGAGCGGGAGUCGCUCGGACAUAUUACCUCUGGAAAAUCCGAACAACAAUGGACUCAACCUGGGUCGGACACACUUUCUUCGCAUGGUCGAUUGUCGAAUGUCAAUUGGCUAUCAUGUGCGCUUGUGCACCCUCGCUCCGAGCUUUCUUCCGAAGAUACGUUCGCGAUACGUUGAAGAGGUCUUUUGGGAGCGGAGUUUCGCAUUAUGCUACUGGGACGGGAGAGUCUUUUCAUAAGAAUUCUCAGGCUUUGACGGAGGAUCAUAAUGGAAGGGUGUAUCAAGAGUUGAGACCGCUGGAGUCGGGUGUACAUGGCGUUCAGUAUCCUCCGCCUGUGAUACUGGAUGAGAGUGCGUAUGAGCGGAGAGUGUCAAGAAGGCCCGGGACAGAUGAUGCGAUGCGCUACGAUGCGGUGAUGAGAUCUCGGUCGCCUUCGCCUGUUGUCACGACGCCGGAUGAGUUUGAAUGCUAUGCGAACGAGCGUAUGAGCAGACAAGGGCAGAUGAUGCGAGACAGGCAGUCUCGGACGGAGUCAAUAGUGGUCAGGAUGGAUGUUAAUAAUGACGGUGAUGAGAUCAGCAAGGACAACGGUAACAGAAGCGGAAGUGGGCGACAGUACGCGGCAGCGAAACGAUGACAUGACUGAGUGCAAUGAAACAAAAAAGAAAUAGUUCAGAC